CUCGGCGGUCUCUCGCGUCUCGCGAGAGCAGAGGUGGCGGAAGCUCCACGUCGCUGUGUCGGGAGCAGGGAGCAACACCUUGGCGUCCCCGCGGCGUCCCCGGAGCCAUGCCUCUCCGACUUGAUAUUAAGCGAAAACUAACAGCUCGGUCUGACCGAGUGAAGAGUGUAGACUUGCAUCCCACAGAGCCAUGGAUGUUAGCUAGUCUUUACAAUGGAAGCGUCUGUGUUUGGAAUCAUGAAACACAGACUCUAGUGAAGACCUUUGAAGUAUGUGAUCUGCCAGUGAGAGCUGCUAAAUUUGUGGCCAGAAAGAACUGGGUUGUGACAGGAGCAGAUGACAUGCAAAUUAGGGUAUUCAAUUACAACACCUUGGAAAGAGUUCAUAUGUUUGAAGCACACUCAGAUUAUAUUCGUUGCAUUGCCAUACAUCCUACGCAGCCCUUCAUUCUGACCAGCAGUGAUGACAUGCUUAUUAAACUCUGGGACUGGGAUAAAAAAUGGUCUUGUUCUCAGGUGUUUGAAGGCCACACCCAUUAUGUUAUGCAAAUUGUCAUAAAUCCAAAGGAUAAUAAUCAAUUUGCCAGUGCAUCGUUGGAUAGGACAAUCAAGGUGUGGCAGCUUGGUUCUUCUUCGCCUAACUUCACUUUGGAAGGCCAUGAAAAGGGAGUGAACUGUAUCGAUUACUAUAGUGGAGGAGAUAAGCCCUAUCUCAUUUCAGGAGCAGAUGAUCGCCUUGUUAAGAUCUGGGAUUACCAGAAUAAAACUUGCGUGCAAACACUAGAGGGACAUGCUCAGAAUGUAUCCUGUGUCAGCUUCCACCCUGAGCUCCCAAUCAUCAUCACGGGCUCUGAAGAUGGAACAGUCCGCAUUUGGCACUCAAGCACUUAUCGCCUAGAAAGUACCUUAAACUAUGGCAUGGAGAGGGUGUGGUGUGUGGCCAGCUUGAGAGGUUCUAAUAACGUGGCUUUGGGGUAUGAUGAAGGCAGCAUUAUUGUUAAGCUUGGCCGUGAAGAACCUGCCAUGUCCAUGGAUGCUAAUGGGAAAAUUAUUUGGGCUAAGCACUCAGAAGUCCAACAGGCUAACUUGAAAGCUAUGGGAGAUGCUGAAAUUAAAGAUGGAGAAAGAUUGCCACUGGCUGUAAAGGAUAUGGGGAGCUGUGAAAUCUAUCCUCAGACUAUUCAACAUAACCCUAAUGGACGGUUUGUAGUAGUAUGUGGGGAUGGUGAAUACAUCAUUUACACAGCUAUGGCUUUGAGAAACAAGAGUUUUGGUUCUGCCCAGGAAUUUGUAUGGGCACAUGAUUCUUCAGAGUAUGCAAUCAGAGAAAGCAAUAGUGUUGUAAAGAUAUUUAAGAACUUCAAAGAGAAGAAGUCCUUUAAACCUGACUUUGGAGCAGAAGGUAUCUAUGGAGGCUUCUUACUAGGUGUAAGAUCUGUUAAUGGCUUGGCAUUCUAUGACUGGGACAACACAGAACUGAUCCGUAGAAUUGAAAUUCAGCCCAAACAUAUUUUCUGGUCUGACUCAGGUGAACUUGUCUGUAUCGCCACAGAAGAAUCAUUCUUUAUUCUGAAAUACCUGUCUGAAAAAGUUGCAGUAGCACAGGAAACACAUGAGGGAGUCACUGAAGAUGGGAUUGAAGAUGCUUUUGAGGUUCUGGGUGAGAUUCAGGAGAUUGUGAAAACAGGAUUGUGGGUAGGUGACUGCUUUAUUUAUACCAGUUCCGUGAACAGACUUAACUACUAUGUUGGAGGAGAAAUUGUCACUAUUGCCCACUUGGACAGGACAAUGUAUUUGUUGGGCUAUAUACCUAAGGACAACAGGCUUUAUCUGGGUGACAAAGAGCUAAAUAUUGUCAGUUACUCCUUGCUGGUUUCAGUGCUUGAGUACCAAACUGCAGUUAUGAGGAGAGACUUCAGUAUGGCUGAUAAAGUUCUUCCCACAAUUCCAAAGGAACAGAGGACCAGAGUUGCACAUUUUCUUGAAAAACAGGGCUUCAAACAGCAAGCUCUUGCUGUAUCCACAGAUCCUGAACAUCGCUUUGAGCUUGCUCUUCAGCUUGGAGAAUUAAAGAUUGCAUACCAGCUUGCAGUGGAAGCAGAGUCAGAACAGAAAUGGAAACAACUUGCUGAGCUUGCCAUCAGCAAGUGCCAGUUUGGCUUAGCCCAGGAAUGCCUGCACCAUGCACAGGACUAUGGAGGCUUAUUACUCUUGGCUACAGCAUCAGGAAAUGCCAGCAUGGUGAACAAGCUAGCAGAGGGAGCAGAAAAAGAUGGCAAGAAUAAUGUAGCAUUUAUGAGCUAUUUCUUGCAGGGAAAGCUUGACUCCUGCUUGGAACUCUUAAUUAAAACUGGACGUUUGCCUGAAGCUGCCUUCCUUGCACGUACAUAUUUGCCAAGCCAAGUUUCAAGGGUAGUUAAACUAUGGCGAGAGAACCUGUCUAAAAUCAACCAGAAAGCAGCAGAGUCCCUUGCUGAUCCCACAGAAUAUGAAAACCUUUUCCCUGGAUUAAAAGAAGCUUUUGUUGUGGAAGAAUACGUCAAACAAACUCAUUCUGACUUGCGGCCUGCCAGGGAAUACCCACUUGUCACCCCAAAUGAAGAAAGAAGCUUACUGGAAGAAUCGAAGGGUUUUGAACCUUCAGGAGUAAUAGUAUCAGAGGAAACUGAAGAACGUGUUCCAUCUCCUAAUCUAGUAAUGGUGUCUCCAGUUCCAGCAAUGUCUGAACCACUUCCAGUAACAAAAGAUGAAAAGGUACUACUAGAAUUGGAAGAAGAAGAUUUAGAUAAUUUGGAUCUGGAGGAUAUUGACACCACAGAUAUUAACCUGGAUGAAGAUAUCUUGGAUGACUAAACUAAACUUUUCAUUUUAAGUGACCAAAUUCUUAAUUGCUCACUCCCUACAGAAGAGUGGAAUUAUAUGGACUGUGUGUGUGUUGGAAACUAGCUUGAUUUUUAUACAGUAGCUCAAAAACAUAGAUACAAGAACAGGGUCCAUCUGUUUCAUAAGGUGAAUCUUUAAACUACAAUAUUUUGAAAUUCAUUAUGCAGAGCACCUUAGGUGUAAUAAUAGACAUAUAUGUUGUCAUGCUCAUUAAGAAAUAAAUUGUUUUAAACAGA